GUGCUACCCUGCAACUGUGGAGCCACUCAAACUUCAGUGCAUUGCCCGGACACUAUUGAAGCAGCAUGUCGUGGCUCUUCGGCUGGGGGAAGAGCUCCGGGUCGCCGCCGGUGGAAGAACCGGCUGCUCCUGCUGACGGUGCCGGGGGAGCAUCAGGGGGUGCAGGGGGACACAAACCCGGGGAUAAGUGGAGUAACUUUGACCCGACUGGGCUGGAGAGAGCUGCAAAAGCUGCAAGGGAGCUCGACAAAUCACGACAUGCCAAAGAAGCGCUGGGACUGGCUCGUAUGCAGGAGCAGAGUGUACAGCUGGAGCUACAGAGUAAAGUGAAAGAAUAUGAGGUGGGUUUGGAGCAGCUGAAGGGCGAGCAGAUCCAGCUACAGGGGGAGGAGAGACGGAAAACACUUGCAGAGGAGACAAAGCAAAACCAGGCAAGGGCGCAAUAUCAAGACAAACUUGCCAGACAGAGGUAUGAUGAUCAGCUCAGGCAACAGCAAUUCCUGAACGAGGAGAACCUUCGCAAACAAGAGGAUUCCGUUAUGAAGCAAGAGGCCAUGAGAAAAGCUACCAUUGAACAUGAAAUGGAGCUGAGACACAAGAAUGACUUGCUUCGCGUUGAAGCCGAGGCCAAAGCCCGCGCCCAGGUGGAGCGGGAGAAUGCGGACCUGAUCAGGGAACAGAUCCGCCUGAAAGCUGCUGAACACAGACAAACUGUCCUUGAAUCUAUAAAGACGGCAGGAGCAGUUUUUGGAGAAGGAUUCAGGGCCUUCGUCUCUGACUGGGACAAACUCACAGCCACGGUUGCUGGGUUAACUCUGUUGGCAGCAGGAGUGUAUUCUUCCAGGAACGCCACAGCAGUGGCCGGCCGCUACAUAGAGUCCCGUCUGGGCAAACCCUCACUGGUCCGCGAGACCUCUAGGUUAACUGUUGCAGAGGCCAUCAAACACCCAAUCAAGACAGCCAAGCGUCUGAGAAGCAGACCGCAGGAUGCCUUAGAGGGUGUGGUGCUCAGCGCAGCUUUGGAGGAACGUGUGAGGGACAUUGCCAUUGCCACUCGGAACACCAGGCAGAACAGAGGCUUGUACAGAAACAUCCUGAUGUACGGACCCCCUGGAACUGGUAAAACACUCUUUGCCAAGAAAUUGGCUCUCCAUUCCGGGAUGGACUAUGCCAUCAUGACAGGUGGGGACGUGGCACCCAUGGGGCGCGAUGGAGUCACUGCCAUGCACAAGGUGUUUGACUGGGCCAGCACCAGCGGCCGAGGCCUCUUGCUGUUCGUAGAUGAAGCUGAUGCGUUCCUGCGUAAGCGCGCCACAGAGAAAAUCAGUGAGGACCUCAGAGCCACUCUCAAUGCAUUCCUCUACCGCACCGGGGAACAGAGCAACAAGUUCAUGCUGGUGCUUGCUAGUAACCAGCCAGAACAGUUCGACUGGGCCAUUAAUGACCGCAUUGAUGAGAUUGUAAACUUUGCAUUGCCGGGUCUGGAGGAGAGGGAAAGAUUGGUGCGCCUGUAUUUCGACAAAUUUGUGCUGGGUCCUGCCACUACAGGGAGACAGAGAUUAAAGUUGGCUCAAUUUGACUAUGGCCAGAAGUGUUCAGACAUUGCAAAGCAAGCAGAAGGCAUGUCUGGUCGGGAAAUCUCCAAACUUGGUGUGGCCUGGCAGGCUGCUGCAUACUCUUCUGAAGAUGGAGUUUUGACUGAAGCCAUGAUUGACUCAAGAGUUAAUGAUGCCAUCAAGCAGCAUGCACAGAAAAUGGACUGGCUGCUGAUGGAAGCAGGUGCGGGGGUUGGCAAAGUCGGUGUACUCCUCCCUAAGGAAAUGGCUGCAGAAAUCACAGCACAGGAAGCUGCUUCACUUGGACAAACAAAUGAUACAACCCCAACUGUACAACAAGUCCUUCCAUUCCUUGAUGUUGUGAGCAAUGCUUCCCAGGCAGAAACAGCCACUCUUCCUUCAGAAGUGGAGGCAGAUGUUAUCCUUAAAGAGGCAGCCACUUUGAUUAAAGAAAGUGAAGAUGUUGCUGCGAGAACUGUAGGAACAGUUGAAACCAUUGCUGAGACAGCUACUGCUGCCCCAUUGGUGCAGGAGAUUGAGGCCAUCAAGGAUAUGACUGAGGAGGUUGUAAGCACAGCAGCAGUUACAGACACUAUUGUUUCUGAGGUUAAGGAUAUAGUCAGUGAGGUUAAAGACACAGAAAGUAUACAAGGUACCACUGUCCAAGAAACUGCUGCUUUCAGUAAAGAAGAGCUAACUACUGAUGUAGUUGCGCAAGAGAUUGAAGUCACAGAAGUAGUCAAGGAGGAAAAGAAUGUUGUUGAACACUUGGAAACAACAGUCACUACAGUUGCUCAAGAAAAGGAAUUAGAUCCUGUUCUCUCUAAUGUUGUCCAGCAGCCAGAGGCUACAGUAGUUGGACUCUCCCAGGAGACUGUUGUCCAGGAAAUUGAGUCAGCAGCCACAUCUGUUGAUGUUGUAGAAACUGAAGCCACCAAAGCUGCAGAAGAAGUUGCAACUGAUGCUGCAAAGGUUGCAGAGGAAAUUUCAAGCAAUGUAGCUCAGUUGACUGAGUCCAUGGCAAACAUUGCGAAAGAAGCUGAAGCAAUAGCAACUGAUGUGGCCAAGGUGGCUGAUGCCGCAGCAACCAUCACGGAGGAGAUGGAGGCAGUAGUCACCAAGGAGGUUGAAGUGAUGGAAAGUGAUAUUGUCAAGGACACCAAUGAGUUUGUAGUGGAAACCGAGUCUCAAACAUCAGAGGUUACCAAAGAGGUUGAAGUAGUGACAGAUGUAGUCAAAGAGUCCAAAAGUAUUACUACAGAGGGUCAGACCCUGGUUGCAGAGAUUGUGAAAGAGCCUUUAAAUACAGAGAUUGCAGCCAAGGAAACUGAAGUCCUCCCAGCAGAAGUUUCCAAGCAAGCAGAAGUCAUCCCAGCAGAAGUUUCCAAGGAAGCAGAAGUCAUCACAGCAGAAGUUUCCAAGGAAGCAGAAGUUUCCAAGGAAGCAGAAGUCAUCCCAGCAGCCUCAGCAGAAGUCCUAACAGCUGGAACUGUGGCUACAGAAGAUGUGAAACUGCCUGAGACUACUGAGGUUGCUCCCAAGGAAGCAGAAGUUAUCCUAGAAGAGGUUUCCAAGGAAGCAGAAGUUUCCAAGGAAGCAGAAGCCUUCCUAGCAGAGGUUUCCAAGGAAGCAGAAGUGAUCCCAGCAGAGGUUUCCAAGGAAGCAGAAGUUAUCCUAGCAGAGGUUUCCAAGGAGGCAGAAGCCCAAACAGCAGAGUUUUCCACAGAAGCAGAAGUCCUCCCAGCACUCCCAGCAGAAGUCCUAACAACCAAGGAAGCUGAAACUGUGGCUACAGAAGAUGUGAAACUACCCGAGACUACUGAGGUUGCUGCAAAGGAAGGAGAAGUCAUCCCAGCAGAGGUUUCCAAGGAAGCAAAAGUCUCAACAACCAAGGAAGCUGACACUACGGCUACAGAAGAUGUAAGACUCCUUGAGACUACCGAGGUUGCUGCCAAGGAUGCUGACGCCAAGCCAACAGAGGCUACAGAGGAGGCUGGAGUAACUGAAGUCACAAAUGAGAAGGACUCAGCAUCUGUUCUCAACAUAGAAACCGAGGUUGACACAGAGACCAUUGUGUCAGAACAGUCUGGGAAACUUGAGAGUCCAACCACUGAGAAGUCAUCUGCCUCUCAGACUCCCAUGACUGAAGAAGCUGAACCCAGUCAAACUGAGAAGCCUCUUUCAAGCAAACAGAGUGGAGAUGACGACAACAAACCACCAGCAAAGUCAAGUCCAACAAAAUGAUCACUUGGAAUCUUUGAUGAAAUCCUAUUGUGAAUGAGUGCUGCUGUAAUUCUUAAAUGCUUGAGCCUUAAGUCUGAAUCAUUCACUUUGAAUUCUGUCUGUUUGUCUAUCAAUGUGUGUAAAUUAAUUACUGUGGGUGCCAAAAUUAAGGUAAUAGUUUGAUUAUGGCCUAUAGGUGUGCUGAGUCUGGGUAAGAAGAUGUGUUAACCACUGGCAUUGUGCUACUAUUGCAUUCUGCUUUCUUCCUUUCACUCUUCUGGUUGUCAUGGCCUUUUUCUAAUGUAAAUUGGCCCUCUAAAAAGGAUGUUCUCGCAUGUUUGCUGACCAGUUCUGGCAAGAUUUAAAUUACACGCAAAAUGUUCAUUCAGAACAUUCCUCCCUGGCACUUCUUGGCAAGAGCACUGGCACAAUUAAGACCAGCCCUUGAAAAAUAAAACUGUGGAUUCUGCCAGACUCUUAUUUAAAUGUAGUUGGAGGUACUAUGUAGGUCUGACUUUGUGACACUAGGUCCACAUAAACCAGCUUCCACAAUAUCCACAGUUUACAUCUGGUGUUUGAGACUUUUGUGUACUGGCCUAGCCAUACAGAUGUUUUCCAGAUAAGGUGCUUUCGAUCCAGGUGGCUGUUUGACCUCUCUUGCACAUGUGCAGAAUAAAAAAAAAAACACAUUAAAAA